AUGCACAUUCCAAAAGUUACCCCUCUCCUCGCAUUGAAUUCGGGUAUUCUUAUCCGCUAUUAUCCGGUAUUAACCGCCGUUGUUCGACUUAAAAGUUCAAAAGUUCAGGAUUUCUGUAAUACAGAGUAUACUAUCACUGAAGUAAAUCAUAGGGAGGGUCGAGAUACUAGAUCAAGGCUAAAGCCCUGGAGUGAAGUGCUGCUUGUUAUUGGGAUGGGAUUAAGACAAAAGACAACAAUAACUUUUGCGUGGAUGGGAAUGGAUUGCUGGGCACUUGGUGCUUAUGUAUCGUCUUUUACUAAUAAGCUCGCUCGAAACAGCUAUGCAGCGAAAUAUGCACUUGUUUACGUAGAGGAACUUGGAACUCGUCAUUUCGAGGUGCUGUAUCGAUUGCGAGAUUGGGAUAGAGACACCUGUAAAUACAAGAUACCAUGA